CUUGCUGAGAUAUCAGUCAAAAAAAGAAAGGGUCCGGUAGAACUGCGUAAGGAGGCGGUCGUGGGAGUCUACAGCUCCGCCCCUGUCCCACCCGCCGUGUCUCCCAGGGUCUGGCGGCUCUGCGCAGUGCUGUGGUACGGCCGUAGGCUCUAGAAGAACUUUGUUCGCUGCCGGCUGAUAAGGUACAAGUGAUGGCCGAUAUGCCCCGGGGCUAGUCAUUUCUGCAGCCAGACUCUACACUCUCUGUAGCAUUCGUUCGGGUCCUGGUCCUGAGGAGCGCCCUGGUGUCUUUGUGUGUUCCCUGCUGUGGAGAGGGGUAGAAGGAGGAGACUGCGAGGGUUAUCGUACACCCACUGGUCGCCGCACGGCAAGCAACGUGAGCAGUUAGCCCCGGGCAGGCACCGGCGGACACAGCGCUGCUCCCAGACCUGCACUUGCAAGAGGUGCCGGCCCCACCUGCACUCCUGUUCCUUUCCCUGGUUUCUUCCAGUGCUGCUGCUUUCUCCAUUCAUUUCUGUGCUGCUGCUCAAUCCCGGCUGCUCCAUUCAUUCCGUGCUGCUGUCCCUGCCCUUUCCCAGGCUGCCCAUUCACUCUAUGCCGCUGCCUUCUUCCAACCUGCCCUAUGUUUGCCAGCCUUUCCCUGCCACUCUAGACUGCCUGAGGACUUUUCUUACAUGUCACAGGCACAGUGUCCCCAGCAAUACUUCCCUGCUGCCUUUAUCUGCCAUUCACUGCUCUGGUGACUUUCAAAUAAAGCCAGUCUCCUUUGGAUUUACUUCUGACUGCCCUGUGCACCAGUGCUUCUUUUAUUUUCCUAUCUACCCCUCCUCCCUUUUCUUUGUUUCUGACUCCUGCUUUAUGUACCUAGUGGUGAUCUGACAUCUUGUUUGACUGUCACACUCCCUUAGUUGUCUCUGUGGUGCACCCCCCUUCAUUCUGCACCAUUCCCACUGACCCAUUUGGGUGUCACACCUGUAUUCUGGGUGCUGUGCCCUUUUCCCCCUAGGAUGGCUCCUGUGCUUACCUCAAGCUUUGCUUUCUUGGAAACUUCAGCAGAUUGAUCCCAUCUCAGGAAAAUAACCCCCCUUGGGCAAAUUUGCCUCCUCUACGUGGGCAGGAUAUACGCUUUUAGAUUUGGCUAUUUAUGAACUGUGGCUUGAGAUAAGUGAAUCGUUGGAAAAUGUCAACUCCAAACAGGUUCAAGAAAGACAAAGAAAUCAUAGCAGAAUAUGAAAGCCAAGUAAAAGAAAUCCGAGCACAGCUAGUGGAACAGCAGAAAUGUCUGGAGCAGCAGACAGAGAUGAGAGUCCAGCUGCUCCAGGACUUGCAGGACUUCUUUCGUAAGAAGGCAGAAAUAGAGACUGAGUAUUCACGGAACUUAGAGAAACUGGCAGAGAGAUUCAUGGCCAAAACAAGAAGCACUAAAGACCAUCAACAAUACAAGAAAGACCAAAAUCUGCUGUCUCCAGUGAACUGCUGGUACUUACUUUUGAAUCAAGUUAGAAGAGAGAGCAAGGAUCAUGCAACGUUAAGUGACAUCUACCUGAACAAUGUGAUAAUGCGUUUUAUGCAGAUCAGUGAAGACUCAACAAGAAUGUUCAAAAAGAGCAAAGAAAUUGCAUUUCAGCUGCAUGAAGAUCUAAUGAAAGUUCUCAAUGAACUGUAUACGGUAAUGAAAACAUACCACAUGUAUCAUGCAGAGAGCCUCAGUGCUGAAUGUAAGCUGAAAGAAGCUGAAAAGCAAGAGGAAAAACAGAUAGGGAGAUCAGCAGACCCUGUGUUUCAUUUACGGUUAGAGGACAAGCACCAAAGACGAAGUUCUGUCAAGAAGAUAGAGAAGAUGAAAGAGAAACGGCAAGCCAAAUACUCGGAGAACAAGUUAAAAUCCAUUAAAGCACGAAAUGAAUACUUAUUAACACUGGAAGCCACAAAUGCUUCAGUCUUCAAGUAUUACAUACACGAUCUUUCGGAUUUAAUUGAUUGUUGUGACCUUGGCUACCAUGCAAGUUUAAAUAGAGCUCUGAGAACAUACCUCUCAGCCGAGUACAACCUUGAAACUUCUCGACAUGAAGGACUGGACAUUAUAGAGAAUGCAGUAGACAAUUUGGAGCCAAGGAAUGAUAAGCAAAGAUUUAUGGAGAUGUACCCCACUGCAUUUUGUCCACCAAUGAAAUUUGAGUUUCAGCCACAUCUCGGGGAUGAGGUUUGCAUGGUUAGUGCUCAGCAGCCACUGCAGGGAGAACUUAUUUUGCGAUAUCAGCAGCUUCAGUCUAGAUUGGCGACCCUUAAGAUAGAAAAUGAAGAGAUAAAGAAAACAACAGAAGCCACUCAACAGACCAUUCAGGAUAUGGUUACCAUUGAGGACUAUGAUGUAUCUGAAUGUUUUCAACACAGCCGUUCCACUGAGUCUGUGAAAUCUACAGUCUCUGAAACUUACUUAAGUAAACCAAGCAUAGCCAAGAGACGAGCAAACCAACAAGAAACCGAGCAGUUUUAUUUCAUGAAGGUCAGGGAACAUUUAGAAGGAAGCAACCUCAUCACUAAACUUCAAGCUAAGCAUGAUCUACUGCAGAGAACUCUUGGGGAUGGAAGAGGUCACAGAGCAGAAUACAUGACAACAAGGCCUCCACAUGUACCCCCUAAGCCCCAGAAACAAAAGAAGCCCAGACCCCAAUCCCAAUAUAUUACUAAGUUGUUUAACGGGGAUCUGGAAUCCUUCAUCAAGGAAUCUGGGCAGAUCAUUCCUCUUAUCGUUGAAAGCUGUAUCAGGUUUAUUAAUUUGUAUGGGCUUCAACAUCAGGGUAUAUUCAGAGUGUCUGGGUCCCAGGUAGAAGUCAAUGAUAUUAAAAAUGCCUUUGAAAGAGGUGAGGAUCCUUUGACAGAUGACCAAAAUAACCAUGACAUCAACUCUGUGGCUGGAGUACUGAAGCUAUAUUUCCGGGGUUUAGAAAACCCACUCUUUCCAAAGGAAAGAUUUAAUGACCUAAUAUCAUGCAUCCGAAUAGAAAAUCUCUAUGAGAGGGCCAUUCAGACUCGCAAGAUCCUUCUAACAUUGCCCAGGACUGUGCUUAUAGUCAUGAGAUACUUGUUUGCUUUCCUGAACCACCUUUCCCAAUAUAGCGAUGAGAAUAUGAUGGAUCCCUAUAACCUGGCAAUAUGCUUUGGGCCUACUUUAAUGCCUGUUCCAGAUAUACAAGACCAGGUGUCCUGUCAGGCUCAUGUGAAUGAAAUUGUUAAAACCAUCAUCAUACACCAUGAGACAAUUUUCCCAGAUGCUAAGGAGCUGGAGGGUCCAGUUUAUGAGAAAUGCAUGGCUGGGGAUGACUACUGCGAUAGCCCAUACAGUGAGCAUGGCACAUUGGAUGAAGUGGAUCAGGAUGCUGGUAAUGAAACCCACACUAGUGAAGACGAAUGUGAGCCGAUUGAAGCCAUUGCUAAGUUUGACUACAUUGGAAGAUCUGCCAGGGAGCUGUCAUUUAAAAAGGGAGCCUCGCUUCUCUUGUAUCACCGUGCAUCUCAAGACUGGUGGGAAGGGAGACACAAUGGCAUAGAUGGCUUGGUACCCCACCAGUACAUUGUGGUGCAAGACAUGGAUGAUACAUUUUCUGAUACACUGAGUCAGAAAGCAGACAGUGAAGCAAGCAGUGAGCCUGUAACAGAGGAUAAGUCAUCGUCCAAAGAUCUGACCUCUCCAUCUGACCGUCACCCAGAUUUCUAUUUAGCACGGCAAAGACGAAGGGUUGACCCUCCUCCUCCUUCUCGUCGUUCAGGCCGGACAAAUGACAUCCAUUGUCCCAUGCACCCUGCCCAGUCUGGCAAAUCUGUCAGCAAUAUCACUUCAAUGGAAACUACCAAUAUGAACCUGUCAAGUCAUUGCAGCCCACGAGCUCUUUUGCAGAAUCGCAACUUAAACACUGACAGUCCAGAACGUAGACGCAAACCUGGUCAUGGCAGUCUGACCAACAUCAGUAGGCAUGAUUCUUUAAAAAAGAUAGAUAGUCCACCAAUAAGAAGAUCCACAUCAUCAGGGCAAUAUACAAGUUUUAAUGAUCACAAACCUCUUGACCCAGAAACUAUUGCUCAGCAGGAUAUUGAAGAGACCAUGAACACAGCCCUGAAUGACCUCCGUGAGCUUGAGCGCCAGAGUUCUGCCAAGCAUGCUCCAGAUGUUGUGCUGGAUACCCUAGAUCAAAUCAAGAACUGUCCUACUAUAGCAUCAUCUACAGAAUCCCUGAGCCCACUACACAACAUUGUGCUAAAGAACGCUGAGCCUCAAAUCCGCCGCAGCACCAGUACUUCUAGUGACGCAAUGAGUACAUUUAAGCCCAUGGUGACACCCAGGAUGGGAGUCCAGUUGAAACCUCCUGCAUUAAGGCCAAAACCCAUCGUUCUUCCAAAGACUAACCCUGGAAUAGGGCCAUCUCAGACUGCACAAGGGCCAGCAGACAAAUCCUGCACAAUGUAAUAAUCUUAUGUUACAAUCCUUUGGAUCAAGGAGUGAGGAACAUGUUAGUAACUGGAGUUGCCAUGCUUUUAUAGUUAGUAGUGUAAAACCUCUGUAAAUACACUAGGGCAUUUAGAAACCAACUGAACUGUUUAAAUGUGCUGUUUACAACCUUAGAGACACAUAGAUAUUACUUGAAGAUUUAAUGCUGCACAAUUUGUAUAGAAUGCAACACAGAUCACAGAUGGCUUCCCACUUAUAAAGUAUAUCUAAGAUUGCCAUUGCUUGUGCAUAGAUUUUGACAGGUUGAAAACAAAGAUAUGUGGUAUUAUUUUACAACUCAUAGUGAGUAUGGAAUCUUUAGCUGUCUAUCCAGUAUGGGGAGGGGGGUAACCUGAAAAGGUAAUUGUGGUUUGGUAAAACCUCUUCAUAACAUUCCUCUGAGGCCUUACUGCUCAGUCAGUCACAGUAGCCAUGGGCUCACUGCAAAGAUAUACACAUCUGGAGAAAAUAAAAAGCUUCUUGUUUUGGAUAAAUAAGAUGAUAAUAUCCAAUAUUUAUUAUGA